GCGCGUCGUGUACGCUCCGUUGUCUCAACUCCGCUUCAUCUCUCGACCAUUUUGGGAUUUUUGCGCUUCAUUCUUGGGCGUUUCCUUUCGCUUUUCUCCGCAUCCCUUUUGGUCUCCUCCUUUCUUUACAAACAGCCUCCCCAAGUAAUCCGCUCGGGGCUACUCCGCCACCAUGGUCGAAGACAAGAAGACCGACGACUACACCGUCGAGAUGGACAAACUCGAUCAGGGGGGAAACAAAGAAUUCGAGGCGGCACCUCCUCCUUUGACUCGUGCUGCUAGUUCCCCGCCUUCUUCUCUUUCAAAUAACCCUGCCCUUCCGGUUCUGGCGUAUUGCGGCUCUUCCAUCCUGAUGACCGUGAUGAACAAGUAUGUUCUGUCGGGAUUGGACUUUAACUUGAACUUUUUGCUGCUCAUGAUCCAGUCCAUUGUCUGUAUCUUUGCCAUCCAAACGUGCAAGUCUAUGGGUCUGAUUACCUACCGUGACUUCAACACCGACGAGGCCAAGAAGUGGUUCCCUAUUACCCUUCUGCUGAUCGGCAUGAUCUACACCGGCUCCAAGGCCCUCCAGUUCCUGUCCAUCCCCGUCUAUACCAUCUUCAAGAACUUGACCAUCAUUCUGAUCGCCUACGGUGAGGUCCUCUGGUUUGGUGGCUCCGUCACCAACAUGACGCUCUUCUCCUUCGGUCUGAUGGUUCUCAGCUCCAUCAUUGCCGCGUGGGCCGACAUUAAGCACGCCGUUGAGAGCAACGGCGAUACCAGUAGCAAGGUUUCCACUCUGAAUGCUGGUUACGUCUGGAUGAUGAUCAACUGCCUGUGCACCUCUUCCUACGUGCUCGGCAUGCGCAAGCGCAUCAAGUUGACCAACUUCAAGGACUUUGACACCAUGUUCUACAACAACCUCCUCUCCAUCCCCGUCCUCAUCGUUGCCACUCUGCUCGUCGAGGACUGGUCCGCUGCCAACCUGGCCCGUAACUUCCCCGAGGCCAACCGCAAUGGUAUCUUCUUCGCCAUGAUCAUCACCGGUGUAUCCUCCGUCUUCAUCUCCUACACCUCCGCCUGGUGCGUGCGUGUCACCUCCUCCACCACUUACUCCAUGGUCGGUGCCCUGAACAAGCUCCCCAUCGCUGUCUCUGGCCUGGUCUUCUUCGACGCCCCCGUCACCUUCCCCAGUGUCUCUGCCAUUGUCGUCGGCUUCGUGUCCGGCAUUGUCUACGCUGUCGCCAAGAUCAAGCAGAAUGCCAAGCCCAAGACCGGCGUUCUUCCCACCUCCAACCCUCUGGUCAGCGCCAGCAGCCAGAGCAUGCGUGACUCGCUGCGCUCUUGAGCCAAGCUAGGCUAUCAUCAAGUUGAAAAGUUCAAUGACAGCAGCUGCGCCAAAAAGCAGAGAAAAGAGAUGAAAUGACCUUUCCUUGUUGUUCUUGUUCUCAUCCUUGUCCAGCAAGUCACCCAUUGUCGAAAACUUAGGGUGGCUGUGGACCCCGUGCAUCACCGCUUCCCUAAAAAUACAGCAGGGGAGCUUUACUUUCCUGCAUGUGUAUGAUUCAUGUUUCAUUGCAGCUGUCGAUUCCCAUACUUUCGUGGGUUGAAGGGUCGAUACUAUGCUUUCGGUGUUGGUGGAUUUUCUUUUCUUUCUUCUUCGAUCCGACCCUUUUCUCGUCUGUCUGCAGUCCUCCUCCCUUCACUUUCGAUAAGAGGAGAAUAAAGGAGGAGGCCGACAGAAGAGCCCGGCCUUUGGCCUAUAGUCUUAGUAAUUUUCCGGUGUGUUUUGCGGGCAUAGCCUGGUCUGUUUUUUGUUCCUGUAUAUAGCUAUGCCAUGUUGAAAUAGAACGUGUCUUUUCCUUCAAUA